CGUCUGUCUUCCUCUUGCAGUGUGGUUAUCUGUGGUGAUUUGUGUCUGCUUUCAGUUUGUUGUGGAAAUGUGACUCUGGUUGGAGCUCCCCUUGGUUUGUUUUUGUUUGUUUUUUUAGUUGUUGGGUUUUUUUUUAUUAUUAUUAUUAUUCCUCCUCUGCAUGGUGUGUGUACAGCGCUGAUAGGGAAUGCUAUGGCUGAGCUUUUAGCGGCGCAUUUCAGCGGCGGGCUUGUGGCGGCAAAGCUUGGCGGCGGUGAGCGGCCGGUGUGUGGCAACCCUGGCACGGGAGCGCUGUGGCGAGAUCUGGGCUUUGUUGCCCAGAGAUAUGUAGUGAAGGAUGAAUUUCACCCCUUCAUCGAGGCCCUCCUGCCCCAUGUCCGUGCCUUCUCCUACACCUGGUUCAACCUGCAGGCCCGCAAGCGCAAGUACUUCAAGAAGCACGAGAAGAGGAUGAGCAAGGACGAGGAGCGCGCCGUGAAGGACGAGCUGCUGGGCGAGAAGCCGGAGAUCAAGCAGAAGUGGGCCUCGCGCCUGCUGGCCAAGCUCCGCAAGGACAUCCGGCCGGAGUUCCGCGAGGACUUCGUGCUCACCAUCACGGGCAAGAAGCCCCCCUGCUGCGUGCUGUCCAACCCCGACCAGAAGGGGAAGAUCCGCCGCAUCGACUGCCUCCGCCAGGCCGACAAGGUGUGGCGGCUGGACCUGGUGAUGGUCAUCCUGUUCAAGGGCAGCCCCCUGGAGAGCACGGACGGAGAGCGGCUGGUCAAGUCGCCCCAGUGCUCCAACCAUGGCCUGUGCGUCCAGCCGCACCACAUCGGGGUGACGGUAAAGGAGCUGGAUCUCUACCUGGCCUACUUCGUCCACACACCAGAACAAUCAGGACAAUCAGACAGUUCAAACCAGCAAGGAGACACAGACGUCAAACCCCCAGCAAACGGCCACUUGAGUUUCCAGGACUGCUUCGUGACUUCAGGGGUGUGGAACGUGGCCGAGCUGGUCCGCGUGUCGCAGACUCCAGUAGCCACGGCGACAGGCCCCAACUUCUCUCUGGCAGACCUGGACAGCCCAGGUUACUACAACAUCAACCAGGUCACCCUGGGACGCCGUUCCAUCACCUCCACCCCCUCCACCAGGACUGAAAUGGAGCUUUAUGCAAGUCUCCCACGGAGCUCCAACAAGCGUAAGUCCAUCGACGACAGUGAGAUGGAGAGCCCUGUGGACGAUGUGUUUUACUCGGGCCGCUCCCCGGCCGCCGGCAGCAGCUCCCAGUCCAGCGGCUGGCCCAAUGACGUGGAUGCAGUGCAGCACCAUUUGGCCAGUGUGCAGGAGAGGAAGAUUAAGCAUGAGAGCGAUGGAGUGCAGUUUCCUUACCAUGGACUCUCGUCGCCUGGUUCUCAUAAGAAGCUGGGGAAAUUCGAUUUCAGCGCCCUGUCCUCCCAGACGAGGUCCCCCCGCAUGGCGUUCACCCACCACCCACUGCCAAUGCUGGCAGGAGUGAGACCAGGGAGUCCCCGUGCUUCAGCCUCGGCCCUACACUUCCCGUCCCCCUCCAUCAUCCAGCAGUCUAGCCCCUACUUCACCCACCCCACCAUACGAUACCACCACCACCCCGGACAGGACCCCCUGAAGGAAUUUGUGCAGUUCGUCUGUGCCGAUGGCUCAGGGCAGGCCUCCGGACAGCCGAACGGGAGCGGCCAGAGCAAAAUGCCAGGCUCCUUCUUGCUGCCUCCACCUCCCCCAGUGGCCCGCCCAGUGCCCCUCCCCAUGCCCGACUCUAAAUCCAACAGCACGCCCCCUGACGGCGGACUCUCCUCGCCCGCAUCUCCGUCAUACUCCACGCCAGGCGCCACAGCUCCCAACAGGUUUGUCGGCAUCGGAUCACGGGACAACAACUUUCUGAACAUCCCGCAGCAGACACAGUCUUGGUUCCUCUGACAAGAUCUGUGCACAAACCAGCAAAUAGAUAUCUUUCUUUACAAUUCAAAAUGAGAAAAAAAAAAGAACAGAGAAACAACCUGCAGGACGACAGUAAUUGUCUUACCAACCCGCCGACCAGCCCUGACAGUACGUCUCAUCUGAUACGAAAUAUAACCAAGCAACGCAGGAAAUUACAGUUGCAUGACGCUUCUAGUGGAACCCUGGACAUAUUCAGUCAGAGGGGGAGGACCUGAUUUGGGUGAAGAGGGAAAGACGAACGGAUGGACUCGAAGGAGGCUGGGAGGAAGAUGGAGCUGAGGAGGACGCGGUACCCAGGCCUCCUCACGCCCAGGAACCACAGCAGCGAUGCGGAAGCGACAAGCGGACGUGGGGCAGCGGUCGGCUUCUCCUGCUUUCCAAGGACGCAUUGUGAAACAAAUGGCUACGGAAAAAACAAAUCAACAGUCCAGCAAGCUACAAAAACUUCACCCACAACGAACCCAGGACCCAAAUGAGACGAUGAGCGUCCAGUCAGAACAGCGGCCCAGGCUCCUGCGAUCUCGUCAUCGCCCAGAGCGAAACCCGAUUGGCUCCUCUUGCCCGGCCAACAAAUUAGCAAGCGACCAUGCCAAACCGUAUCUUGAUUUAAAGUUGCACUACAAGCUGAAUCAGUCAACACUAACCCUUAACGAUGUGCACUAUUUACCUACGAGGCAUGGGAGGUGAACCACACUCGCCGAGAUGAUUUUUACGUUCUACGAAAAGGAAACGCACCACAAGGUACAAGAAGCCUCCAGGCGUCCUCCACCCGGCAUGGUUCCAUUCAGCCAAUCACUGGUCUCCCCUUUGCUCACAACGUUGUCGGUCUGUGUGCCAUGACUGCAGGAUUUCCCACCUUUCAGUUCAUGAUAUUUCUAUAUGUAUAUGUAAAAGCUUUCCUUCUUUUUUUUGUUUUACCCGAUAAUCUCAGUAAAUUCCCUCCACACACGAUGCGCUGAGAAAUUUCACCGCCAUUGGCAGCAGCUACGAGUUUCGCCCCCAAUCGUCCCCUUUUUGUAACAUAGAUGAACGCUGACUAAUUCUUUUUCCCUCGCGUGUUUUUUUUUUUUCUUAUUUGAAUUGACUCCUUUUUGGAUUUGUACUAUUUUCUAAUUGUUUUUGUAUUUGAAUGGCAGCACCUUAAAGCGAGAGAAGAAGAAGCGAUAUGUCGGGGGGCAAAGAACACGGAGCGGCUGGCUAACCCGGAGAAAAAUAGUGCUUGUAAGAACUUGGGGAAUAUGCCCACCUGCUGUUUUAGAUGUGGAGAUUGGUAUGAAACCCAUGGGGAGCUACAGUGAGCAGCUGGUUAGACAGCAGUUAAAUCAAAACAGUGUCCAGAGACGGAUACGGCCAUGUUAACUUUAAAUCUCUUGAGUAUUUAAUAAGAAGUGACUGUAUCAGACAGGAUGGCGGAAACGGAGAAUGAUUUUGGAGCUAGGUUGAACAAAAACGUGAGGUUAUAGUUCGUUUUUUUUAUUAUUCUUAAGAAUCCCUGGAAAAUGAUGACAAUCACUUGCUUGAGAAGAAGGGAGUCAAACGGUAAAUAUGUUUGACCUACCAUUUGUCAGUACUUGACUGAUUAAAGUCUGAGGUUGUUAGGAAAAAGCACCUAGUGGCUACAGGUGUUAUUGCACUUUAAUUCACUUAGCAUUUACUUGACACUUUGACUGACUGUGUGGUCCGUUUCCACUUGGAAGGCAGAAUUUGAGACAAAAGCAGGACAAAUGAACUGGAUCCUCACCCAGCCCAAUCUCAGAAUCCAAAAUGGCUGAUGUGCGUGUCACAUGUAGUGAUGGUUAGAGCGCUAAACUGUUUAUCCGCACUUCCGAUGGUACGUGUCGCUUGUUAAUGGACAUGUUGCUAGUGCUAAUGAUUAGCCUCACAGUGGAUUGUGAUAAUUAACACUUAAAGAAUAAUUGUGUUGAAAAUCUGUCAGCAGGUAGUGAGUGUCUUACCUGGAGUUGGUAGCUUUUUAAAUGCAGAUGCGUUAGCCCCAGAGGCUGAAGCUAGCAGCUGAUCCAUGGUCAAACAUUUUUUUCAAUCCGAAGAGAGUUUUUAUUUUCUUUCUUGCUUGAUUCUACCAAAUGUUUCAAGAUAAAAAUUAUUAAAUAUUUUUGACCAAAUUAAAACUCUUACAGAGGGGAAAAACACAUUUUCUGAAUGAAACCAGUGGCUUUUUACGGAAACUUUAACACAACAGAUGUUUAUCUGUGGUCUUUUUAGGCUUCAUUCACACAAAUGUUACCCAAAUUGACUCGAUUUUGGGCUCGGAUGCGACCUACACCCAGCUUUUUCACAUCAGUCUGAACGGCCUGAUUCCGAUCUUUUCACUCAAAAAAAAAAAAAAAUCAAGCAGAUAUUUAUUCAAACAGGAAAUGGAAGUAAGAGGUGGUGCGCCAUCGAUAAUCCUGCGACAAACGAUGCGCCAGUAUAUCCAUGCCAUAUCCCAAUUGAGAUGAUCUUGUGUCUUAUUAAGUUUAGACUCCAAUAUGAUAUUUAAAAGUAGUUUAACCCAUUUAUGAACCUUCUGGCGCCAUGUUUAAUUCCUAACAGGAAGCCGUGGUUGUUUUGACGGACUCUGGUUGGCUGGCGUAGUUUUGAGCUUUGCGCUACACUGCCCCCUGUGUGUUUGGCAUGUUUAAAACAACGCUCACUGGCGUGUCUGUGGGAUUUGGUGUGGAUGAAAGGUUUUCUGAAAAGUGUCUACAAUAUUUUUAAAACAAAUGUGGUGGAGAUAUUCAUUUUUAUAAAAAUCUAUCCCCCCCCCAAACGUGUUAGCUUCAGCCUCUGGAACAAGUGAAGAUGUCAACACAGGAUGUCACUUAAAAAAAAUCACAUCCUCUAAUUUGGAUUUGAGUUCAUUUUCAAAAGUUAAAGCUUCAUCUUUCGUGUGUGAUUGAGAAAACGGGUUCACAUACAACUGAUCUAACAGCUGUCAGCUGUAGCUUCCUACUGAUGUUAUCAGUUUCCUCAUCCAGCAAUCAAAGAAGCAUAUUAUCCCAAAUAAUUGUUUUAUUGACAUGAUUUAAUUGUUCUUCUACCAGAAGGCCCUUUACUGUAGGAAAAAGGAAAAAUCGAGUGGGGUUUUGACAAUCACGGGAUUUAUUUUAUUUGUAUUAUUCCUGGAGACAGACAAGCUGAACCGGUUAGACAACAGAAACACCUGCUCCGAGAUCUCCAUCUAGUCGACUAUAUUUUUAAAAAAAUUACAAUUUGUAAGUUUAUCCUGUUGUUUACACUCCCAGAUAGGCUGCUGCUCCAAGAGCUGAGGGGGCCACACUGCGGAGAAAAAUGAUUGUCACUUUUUUUUUUCUCUUUUUUGUUUGAACGGAGGCCUACGAGGUCAAGGGUCAAACGUGUGUGCCAGUUUGUCUGUCAACGCCCUGUGACAGUAAAAUUUUAUAGUUGUCACGGUUACGCCCCACAGCAAAUGCAUGCACUCACUCACACCAGCACCCCCCCCCCCACCCUCCUCCACCCAAAAGCCAUUUUAAAUGGAAGAGCCCUUAUAGAUCAAAUAACUGCACUGAUACAAUCAUGCCAGCCAAUCGUAUAAGUCAAAAAAAAUAAUUUUGUAAGCAUGACAGUAGAUGGAUCACUACUUAGCGUGUCACAUUUUAAACAGACUCAUGACAACCGUUCAGUAUUAAUCGCAUAAAUCCUCCCGACGCCACGCGACAGAUUUCAAAGGGAAGUCUUAAAUCGAGACAAUCUGUGGAGGCCUUUACGCUUCGUCACGUUGUUUGUUUGUUUGUUUUUUUCCCUUUUUCUACAUAUAAACCCCCCCCUUCCCGCCUCCCGCCGCGCUCGCGUUCUCCCACGUUGAGUCCGGACGCCCAUUCAACCUCACAAAAUAACUGGACUGCCUGGCCGUGUUCCUUCGCCGCAGGGAAAGCAGUCGUAGUCGGCCGAGCUGACCGGCGACCUCUCGCCCGCUUCGUAGAGAGGACUGGGUCGGCUGGACGAAGGCGGUAGGCUGAUUUCUUUUCGAAUCAAAGGAAGUGCCUCUGUAUUCCCAUUAUGCAAUUUGUCAAACAUGAAUUCAGGUUGUUUUGUUUUUUUUUUCCUCACAUAUAAGCUAUAAGUGAAUGGUAAUUGAAAUAAAAAAAAUAAUUAACAAAAAAAAUGUCAGGAGGGAAUGGAGAGAAAAAAAACAAAAAAAAAACAAUGACAGCUCACUAGAUAAUCUCAAGCAUCUUGAUAUAUAAUACACUUUUAUAUAUAUUUAUAGAUAUAUACGGUUUUUUUUUUUUUCGUUUUUUUUCUAGUUUGCAAGAUAAGCUUUGUGGCAGUCUAGUUAUUUUUUGAAGCAUGGCAUACAUCGCACAGUCAUAGGAUGCAUCUGGAAACCGCUAAUCGGAGCAGAGUCGAAGCCCACGACCGCCGGAAACCCCAUCGGUAGAGACGUAGCGUGUCGGCUACCGUAGCCCAGGAUUAAAAAUUAAACGAACAGAUUUGUUUUUUCUUUAUUGUUUCGAUGGGACGUGUUGUUCUUGAAACUAAAUGAUGUAUGUUGAUUGAGCCAUGUGCAAUGCCUUGGUAGAGGAAUUGUGUUUGUUAGAGAAUGUUUGAGGGUGUCACGCAAAAAAAAAAAAAAAAAAAAAAAAAAAAAAGGAGGGAAACCCUCUUAAGAUUUUUUUUUUUUUUUUUUUUUCCCUGUUUGUUCGUUUGUUUUUCAAGUCCACGUGCUCCGGGACUCUAAAUACACGAGCGGUGAGAUAAAAAAAAAAAAAUGAGAAAGAAAAAAAAAAAGUUUGGGGGACAUUGUUUUAGUUUUCCUUUUUUUUUUUUUUCGUUGUUUCCUUUUAUCACUUUUUCAAGAAAAGAAAUUCAUUUUUAUUGACGGGAGUUAAAGGAACAAUUUCGCAGCUCGUAAAAAUAUAUAUCGUUAUGAAAACUGGUGCUUUCGUAAAAGAAUAAAGUACAUUCAGUCUCUAUUAUACAUAAAUAAUAAUAAACAAAAUUAAGUGUUAUCAUAAAAACUAAUUUUUAGGAAAUCAUGCAUUUCUCUAUUUCUUUGUAUUUACCGGGGAGAGGGGAGCGGGGUGUUCAUUGGACGGAAAGGUUGUUGUAACAAAAGGCAUUUUUCUCUCCCAAACCUUUACAAACAGCAGAAAGAAGAAUCACAUCCUCUUGUAAAAAACAAAAAAACCUCAACAAAAACAAAGAAAAAAAACUUGUAAAAAUUGUCAUUUGUUUUUUCCUGCGGACUCUAUCCUACCCACCCGAGAUCCUAACGUGGAACAGAGACGAGAUCUUCCCAAUGUUCCGGGAGACGCACAAGUCUGGAUUCCUGUUCCUGAACGACAACAAGAUAAAAAAAACAACAACAACAACAACAACAUGCUGUAAAUGACGACGUCUUCAUUUGUGACUCGCUUUCCAGGGUUUCCUCCGUCUUCGGCCAGCGGGGUUCUAGUCAUCCGAGUCAUUGGCAACUCGAACCCUGUUUCCCGCCCCACCUGAAAGCCCCUCCGAGUCCCCCUCCCCCGAACACCCACCAGCUGUAAAUGAUGAUAAAUAUUUGUUUGGUGACGUAGUGUUAUAGACUCAGAGCAUCUUUAAAGGUUGUCCCUAAAAAGUGCCUUUUGUUCACAGAUUCCAUCUUGUAUUCCUGAGUGCCCGUCUCAAAAGAAAAGAAGUCCCUCCCUCAUAUUUCUAUAUCUUUCUCUUCUUCUUCUUCUUCUUCUUGAAGCUUUUUCAAGCAGUAUACAUAGUACUAAAGGAAAUUGGUGUGAUUUAGUUGCUCUUUUUAUUGUUCAAUACUAUAGAAAAGCUGAAAAAAAAAAGUUUAAAAAAAAAUAAUCUCCGUCUUGCUUCUCUUCCUCUGUAUCUUGUCGUCUGUUUAUCUUGGACACUGGAGUAGUCUGUAGCUGCGUAUCCUUCUCUCUCUCUCCCCUCAACUUUCUUUCCUCCCUAUUCUCUCUACAGCGCGGUUUAAAAAAAGAAAAACGUAAAAAAAAAAAAAAAAUUACGCAAAGAUUUUUUUGUUUUGUUUUGUUUUUGUCUGAGCAGAAUGCAAUUAGCUCACAUGUUAUCCUUGUCUGUACGCUUCACAUUGUAUUACCAUACCCACCUUCUCCAGCUUCUCCAUUCAGCAGCUAAUGUAAGUGAACAAGUUGCACCACGAGGCUCUGGGCUGGGCCGGGGGCAUGGGCGGGUUGGGGCCGACGAGAGGGGGCCGUUUCCGGGUGGAGGGGUAAGAACACACGGCUGUGAUAACCAGCGGGACUGCUAGCAUAGAUAGCAUACAUUUUUUUGGGGGGGGGGGUUCUUGGUUUUUGUUUCUGCCUAUUGUGGAGAAAUCUUUAGAAUAAUGUGUGUGUGUGACCAGAUAUUUGAAAGGAAAGGAUAAAGACUCUGCCCACAUGAACGCAAAUAUUUUACUAGUAUUUUUUUCCAUUAAUGAUUGGAAAGUUAUGAUUUUUAGACACGUUUCCAAGUGCAAUAGAGACUUGGCCAACAGAUACUUGAAAAGCUAAGGACAGAACAGCUUCCUUUGCACGUGAUGAGAGACGAUGGCAACAAACAGCCGUGAUUAUUAGUUUUCUACAUUUCUCUCAGCAUUAAAAAGAAAAGAAGAAAACUUAACUAAGGAGCUGAAAUGGCAACGCGCUCCAAUAAAAACAAUGUCUUACAAUUAUUAGGGAAUAGCAGAGUGUCGUGAUUUGGGUUUUUGGAAAUUGUCUGUAUUGUGAAGUCAGAUUUUCUGACUCUAAAUUUCGAAAUACAUUAAUGCCUCUAGAAGUAGAAAAGUGUGAGAUCUUGAGUCCAACGCUGCACAAAAGUUAAAUGUAUUUAAAGUUUGAAAUUUGAAGUAUUCAUUAGAGCAUCUCACAAUGUCUGGUUAAACCAGUAAAAUGUCGAUUUGUGAUCCUGUUCAUUCAGUUUUUGAAACGCAAUAAUAUAAAACGGCAUUUCUUACAUCUGGCUUUCUAGAAUUUUACCAACUUCGAUUAGAGUCCAACUCUGGAAGAGAAGCAAAGUGUUUCUAGUCCUGCCACUUAUUUCUAUUUCAGCAUUCCUUCAGAAGAGCGCUAACAGCAGAUGUUUCGCUGCAGGUUAGCUGAAGAAGAUCCUAGAAAAACAUCGCAACUGAUGAAGUCAGAGCCUGAAAGGUUCACAUUCAGACUUAUCAGCUGGGAGUUUUCUGGUUUCUGGCACUUUGUGAUUUUUUUUUUUUUUUUGCAGUCAAUUUAAUGAAACAAUCAACCAUGCUGUCACAAGAAGCCACUCAUAUUGCAGAGACCCGUGUGUUUUUUUUUUUUUUUUAAGGAGUGUGUCUGGAGAAUCUGCCUCUGCGCCAGCCGUAACCAUCUUUAUUGUUUUUACACACCUUGUUUCCAACAUGUUCUGUUGGGCUCAGAUUAGCGGUCCAGUGACUCCAACCCGCCUGGUUAUCCUUUCACUUCUUACCCAGUUCCAGCAGAGAGCGCCCCUCUCUUCUCCCCCAUCCUUUCUACAGAGCAGCAUCCCAUCCUCACAGGCCCCCCUCCCAGAGCCCGUGGUGAAAUGCAUGUGUUAAUUACAGUUUCUUUUCCAUAAUAAUAAUAAAACGCAGUUUGAAAAGAGCAAUGCCUUUACCUGAUUGAAUAAAAGGAUGUUCUUGACUGUAA